GGGACAACAUGCCAACUGCCAAGCAGCUAGCUGACAUUGGCUAUAAGACCUUCUCUGCCUCCAUGAUGCUUCUCACUGUGUAUGGGGGAUACCUCUGCAGUGCCCGAGUCUACCACUAUUUCCAGUGGCGCAGCUCCCAGCGCCAGGCUGCAGAAGAACAGAAGACAUCAGGAGUCCUGUAGAACUGGGGGACUUUUUUCUUUGAGCAGUGAGGCCUGAGACGUGCUGUGUGAAGACCUCACCUACAAUGAUUUCCAAGUCAAGUUAAUAGGGCCUCGUUAUUUUCAAACCAUGCUGGGGAAAAAUGCCCAUGUUUUCUCUGAUUCUGCCAGUUUGGGGAGGUUAUUGAAUUGUUAACAGGAAUGGGGAGGGUUAGGCACACCUACAGACAAUAAAUACUUUGCCAUGUC